AUGAUUGGAUUGGUGAAAAGGCAUUGGUGUGGUAUUGGUGUGAUAUUGGUGGAUGCCUCCAAACAAAUUACACCAAGAGCAAAAUUGGCGCCAGUUUCACCAAUCACAUCAACUUCGUCAUUUUCCCCAUUGGUGCCAACUUCACCAAUGGUGCAAUUUUCGCAAUUGGUGCAAUUUUCACAAUUGGUGCAAACAUUAUCAUUGGUGCCAACUUCACCAUUGAUGUAA